GCCUACCCUAAGCGGCCGCACACUCGCGUGGGUGGACCGCGUGCGUGGCCCGGACACGGGGGAGCACCGGUGCCCGAGAGUCCGCGUGACCGGCGUGGACCCCGAAACUGCGAGCCAUCAUGGUAGGGAGAUCGCGGCGGCGCGGAGCAGCCAAGUGGGCGGCGGUGCGAGCCCAGGCGGGGGGCGGCCUGGAGGACCCGGACGACCUCGAGGCGCCCCCCUCGCCCGGCGACUCCAGCUACUACCAGGAUAAGGUAGAUGACUUCCACGAGGCCCGCUCCCGGGCCGCCCUGGCCAAGGGGUGGGGCGAGAUGGAGAGCGCAGACGAGGAGGAGGAUGGCGAGGAGGAGGAGGAGGUGCUGGCCUUAGAUGUCGCCGACGAGGAUGACGAGGAUGGAGAGAGCGAGGAGGAGGACGAGGACGACGAGGACGGGAGCUCCGAGCAGAGUGAGACCGACGUGGAUCCCAGUUUAUCCUGGGGUCAGAGGAAGAAACUCUACUACGACACGGACUAUGGCGCCAAGCCCGGGCGCAAGCAGAGCCAGCAAGAGCUGGAGGAGGAGGAGAAGGAGGAGGAGGAGGAGGCCCAGCUCAUUCAGAGGCGCCUAACCCAAGGCCUCCAGGAGGACGAUUUUGGCAUCACCUGGGUGGAGGCCUUCGCCAAACCCGCGCCGCAGGAGAAGGAGGAGGUCGAGACGCGGGUCGUCCAGGACCUGUCGAAAGUGUCCACGAAAGAGAAGCUGAAGAUGCUGCAGAAGGAGUCGCCGGAGCUCUUGGAGCUGAUCGAAGACCUGAAAGGUAAACUGAGGGAGGUGAAGGACGAGCUCGAGCCCUUGCUGCAGUUGGUGGAGCAAGGUGUCAUCCCUGCUGGCAAAGGGAGCCAGUACCUGAGGACCAAGUACAACCUCUACUUGAACUACUGCUCCAACAUCAGUUUCUACUUGGUCCUGAAAGCUCGGAGAGCCCCCGUGCACGGACACCCGGUCAUUGAAAGGCUCGUCACCUACCGGAAUUUGAUCAACAGGCUGUCGGUUGUGGAUCAGAAGCUGUCCGCGGAGAUCCGUCAUCUGCUCACGUUUAAGGAUGAGCCUGACAAGCUCCGACUGCAGCUAAAGGCCCAGGCCGCCCGGAUCCAGCCAAAAUCGGCUUCAGGGAAAGGGGCCGCGACCACCGCAGAUGAUUCUGAGGAUUCUGACUUAGAUGAGGAAGCCGCCUUGAAAUACUACAAGGAAAUGGAGGAGAGAGAGAGGCAGAAGUUGAAGCGAAAGAAAGAGGACGAUAGAGCUGAAGAACAGACUGCAGAAGAUCCAAACGCCAAAAGAGCCAUUACUUACCAGAUUGCUAAAAAUAGGGGGCUUACACCCCGGAGAAAGAAGAUUGAUCGGAACCCCAGAGUCAAACACCGGGAGAAGUUCAGGAGAGCGAAGAUCCGGCGCAGAGGGCAGGUUCGCGAGGUGCGGAGAGAAGAGCAGCGGUAUACCGGCGAACUUUCUGGCAUCCGUGCCGGCGUUAAAAAGAGCAUCAAGCUUAAAUAAAGCGCUCGCUUACCUACAAAUCUUUGAUGAUGCUUUUAGAUUAAUAAAUUUUUUUAC